UAUAUCAUCUAUUGGUAGGACUGGGAUGUUUGGUCGGCUGUUUACUACAGGUAUACUACAUAAGCGACAUAUACUUUCAAUAUCCGACAACAACUAUUGUCAAAUACGAUACAAUGGUAGCAGUCGGCACCACCAACACCACCACCACCACCGGCAAUGAUAAGGGACAGCAAAGGGACGACCAAUUUUACAAACAGAUAGUCGACUAUAUUAACAGUUUGUCGAUUAGGGAUCAGUUUAAGGCUAUGUAUACAGCGGAUCAUGUGUUUGGCGAGGACUGUUGGGUUAUUAGGCCGAUGCUGUUUACCGCUAAUAAUAACAAUAAUACUACAGGCGAUUACAUACCGUGUCGAUUGGUUGGACCAAUCAGACGGUCGGUCGACUAUUUUAAUCAAUGUUUUACUAUAUUUUCGCAAAACACCGAUAGCUUGAGGACAGUUGUCAAUAAUCAUAGCUAUAGUGGGAACCGGCGUUUUACUAUCGAUUUCGAUACAACUAUUCAAAACUAUUGGCUGGAAAUUAUGAAUCUGAAAAUAUUGGCAAAAAACAACAUACCGUCAGUUAAUUUGUUUAUACAUUCGGGCGAUCGUCGGAUAUACGACUCGUGGGACUACAAUAUGAUUACCGUUGACUACCGUCGGCGGACAAAAUCGUGUAUAAAAUAUCAUAAAACACGUGUCCAACUGAUGCCCUGGCCCUAUGAAACCCAGUGUGUGGACAAUCACAUGGGCAGUGAUAGGUCGGGAGUAGGAGGACGGGGAGGACGGGUAUAUCGAUCGUAUUUGGAUUGUCUGAUUCAAUGCAAAAUACAUGAACUCCGAAAGCGGCCAGAUUUUCUGGGUGGCCAAUGGCCGGGAAAUUUUUUGAUAGAUGAAUCGGAUACAGGUGCUGCUAAUGAUAAUCAUACUAUGAUUAUUAAUGUUAUUGAACUAAUGGGCGACAAUACAAGUGCUGAUUUGACGAUUGGCCGUAAGUGUCGACACCAGUGCGGCCAACAACAGGAUUGCCGAAAAAGUUAUUAUACUUUUUUUGAAACAAAAUUUCUAAACAAAUCGGAAACCAUGUUUGUUAUGGAUGUCUUUCCUCCCGAUCUACCCGACCUACUGGUCCUACAUUCGGCUAAACUACAACUGGAAGAGUUCGGGUGCUAUUUGGCCAGUAUUUUCUCGCUAUGGUUUGGCCUAUCAAUACUAACCGUUUGGCAAACUGUUGGCAACAGUUGUCGACAACUAAAUGAAUUGGUUAUCACAUAUAAAUCCCGAUUGAAACUAGUGGUCAACAAUCCCGUACUGAUUGUCGGUACUCGGGUUAAGUUAUCACGAUCUGAUCAAAUCAAUUAA